UAUCAUUCUCAUUCUCACUCUCACUCUCACGCUCCGCCCACUCUAUAAUCUCUAUAUCUCUCUUUCUCAGAAUCAAGAGAGCUUGAAUCUCUAUCAAUGGCAGACCCAAGAGAGUACACCAUCAUGGAAGAGAGACAAGAGCAGAUGGUUUCUCCUAGAGGUGAAAACUCAACUCGCAGAGUUGGCCAUUUCUUGAAACCUUCCGUCACCACCAUUGAAGUGAAAGUCUUCAAUCUUCCAUCAGAUUCUCUCUCCUCUGCAACCCCCACUUCCCAGGCCAAGAAAUCAACAUUGAAGGUUGAAUUCAAUGGUUGGAAAGGCUCACCAGAUACAUGGAUAGAAUGGGUCAAUCACAUGUAUCCUCUGCACCAAGAAGCUUGGAAAAGAGCCGGAAUUCACGAUGCAAUACUGAGCACAACAAACAAAAUCCGAAGUGACCAUGAUUUGGUUUGCAAAGUUGCCGAAAAAUGGUGCCCGGAGACCAAUACAUUUGUGUUUCCUUUCGGGGAAUCAACGAUCACUCUCGAAGACAUGAUCGUUUUGGGGGGUUACUCUGUUUUGGGUAACUCUGUUUUGUGUUCUUUUGCAUCCAAAGAAAAGGAAGAAAUCAGAGAUAAAUUGCUCCACGAGAGAUUAAAACUCGGAAGAAGUUCAAGCAAAAAGGCAGCACAAGCUGCUUGGAUCAAAAAAUUCAUGAAAACCGGCAACCAAAUCGAGCACGAAGCUUUUCUCGCCGCCUGGUUGUCGAGGUUUGUUUUCCCAUCACGUCCAAUUGAUACUGUUGGAAAACAUGUAUUUUCCAUUGCUAUUCUUCUAGCUUCCGGUAAUAAAAUUGCUCUCGCCCCGGCUGUUCUUGCUAGUCUUUACAAAGAUUUGAAAUUGUUAAAACAAAGGAUUGUAACUGUUUCAAAUAAUUUGGAGACUAAUCAACUACCUACAUUGGUACUCUGGGCUCCUUUUCAAUUGAUUCAGAUUUGGGUUUGGGAGAGAUUUUCAAAUUUGAGACCAAGCCCGAAAUCAAUUAGAAAUGGUUUGCCCAGAUUAGCAAAAUGGGACAAGGCGAAGAAGCUGAAUCCCGGGCUUGUGGGUAAUGUUAUAUUAUGGGAUAGAAAGUGUUUUCGAUGGCGCCCAUAUGCAAUGGAUAUGAACAAUAGGCUGUUUCACAAGUUUUAUAGUGAUAAGGAAGAGUGGUUGCUGAUUGGUUCUGGUUUAGAUGAAGAUUUUGAGUCAUUUGCUAGGUGUAUGAGGGUUUGUGAGCUGAUUGGUUUCGGCUGCAUAGAGCAGUAUUUGCCACAUCGCGUGGCAAUGCAAUUUGGAAUGGAUCAAGAUCUUCCGGGUUUUGUUGCUCGUGCUAAUGCGACUCUUAAAAUUGCUUGGAAAAAUUACACAAGGCCUAUUACGGGUGAAAAGUUGUAUAUUCCAUCACGAUUUUUUAAAUCUGCUGUAACCACGCGAUACCUGUACUGGUGGGAAAGUUCAGUAGUUAAGCGUGUUGUCAAAAUAGGAGAUAGAGAAAGGGAAAAUCAUUAUGGAAAUCUUCAAUCAGUGGAGCAGUUGAUGAACCUGGGAAAAAUGGUUGGGACCGGCGAACUAGUGGUGGAACGAUCAGAGAGAGUUGUGGUAGGUGAAAACGUGAGUGGAGCAGAAAACACCGAAAUUGUAUCUGAAAUAUCGGAACAGGAGCUUGAAGCAAGGCUUACAAGGCUUGAGAUAAAGCUCGCUAAGCUGAAGGAAGAAAGAUUGGGCAGAAGUUUGGAGUCGAAAUCUGCUGAAGGAUCUUAAUUGGUGCAGCAUUGCAAUAGACUAAAUUUGUAUUAUAUCUUUUAUUGUCCAAUAAAUAGUUCUUAGAUUGUUUUUCUUUCUUUUUUUUUUCUUUUUUAUUUUAUUUUAUAAAAUUUGUUGUUGUCAUCGUCGUCCUCGUCCAAUAAAUAGUUGUGAUAAAACUUUGUUAU